AUGGCGGAUCCCCCGCUGCGGAUGAGGAUACCUAGGGGUGUCAUAGACUGUGAGAUGGUAAAGGAUCUGGCCUUUGAGGAAGGCAAGCCGUCAUAUGAUCGGCCUCCAAUUGGAGCCUCCAAAGACAACGGCACAGCAGCAAACGUCACAAACAACACGACCACUAAAGCCGCCGGAGUGAAUUGGUUGAUAGGGCCCGUUAUUGCCUCCAAGGCCUUCGUCAAUGCUCGGAGAAAAUUGGUCCGGACCUACAAUCAGGACAAGCACAAUGAAGAUUGUCGGUUUCUCCACACAGGACCUCUUUUCAAGUGA